CGGUGUCUGCAGUCUCUUAUCCUCAUUUGCAAUGCAAUGCUUACUUUGCACUGUAAUCUCCCAAUUUGCAAUGUGAUAUGCUUGCAUUGCAUUGUUUUUGGUGUGUGUGUGCUGGUGCAAUGCUCAGAUUUUUGAGAUGAGAUGCUGGCUCUGAGACCAGGGUGGUGUUAAAUUUUGGUGCUACAGCUGUUUCUUUUUUUACGCGUUCGCCUUUCUCUCCCGUUUUCUCUUCCCCUCUGAUGGUGUGGAGUUUGCAGGAAGGUGGAAGCUAGUCCAACUGUCUGGAUGGAGAAACAAGGAGGGGCAGUAGCUCAGGGAGAGUACAACAAAAAUAAUCAUAGUCCGAAGAAACCAAAGGAUCGUGAACAGUCAGAAUCUCACAUUCCCCCUGCAAAUGAGGAGGAUGGAAUCCCAAUUUCCACAUCAGGAUUACUGCAGGUGGUAGAACGAAGACAGCCACUCAGCAGUGUCUCAUCUCUGGAGGUGCACUUUGACCUCAUGGAUCUGACUGAGCUCACUGACAUGUCUGAUCAAGAGCUUGUGGAGGUUUUUGCCGAUUCUGAUGAUGAGAGUCAACCACAGGAUUCACCUGCAGAACUGAACCAACUGUAUCCAAUUAUUUCACAUGGAACGCAUUUAAAAUCUCCCUCAUGGACAAAAGCCAAGAGUGAACAGACCCAUGACUGGAAGCACCCAAAUGACCCAGAUGCUUCUCUAAAAAUGUCUGACCACUUUCAGACAGUUGAAGCACACAAGAAGCCCUAGGGACAAGAGAGGAGCUUGCUUCUGUAUGGAACUAAAUGUACAGUGCCGAAUAUCUCUACUGCCUCACUCAUAAUUGUUCUUCCUCUCUGCUAUUCUUCGGUUUUUACCUAAAUUGACGAAAACAGACUUGCACAAUCUGUCCCUGCAGUGACAUUUCUACCAGAGGUCAUCUAAGCUGUGAAAAUCAAAGUUCAUUCUCAUGCUUUUGAUGCUGUGUAUGGGACGGUGCUGUGGCCUUCAUAUGAAAAUAUCUGCAGAACUAAAACUUCGUAUUGCCUUGACUAACUCAAUCAGGUGGCUUCAUCUAUCGUUUAAAACAAAAAAGAUCCUCACAUUAUAUAUAGUUAGACAUCUCAUGGCAAAAGCUGCCACUUGCUGUCAAACGGAGAAUAUUUGUCUUCAUUUGGCAGCUUCAGUGGACGGGUCUGACAUAUUCUUCAUUUCACUUCACACAGGUAGUGCCUGCAACUUGCACAUCCUAGAGGGAGGCGAAUGCAGGCAGUGAUGCACAGAAGGGGGAUUAAACCUAUGCAAACAGAAAUAGGGAAUCUCUCACCUUUGAUGGUUAGAAGAACUCUUCCACUGCAAGGAAAGCCAAGUAGUUAAUAAGUGUCUAUACAUUUUGUCAAUUUUUCCAGCAUAUCAAGAUCAAAUUUUUGAGAAUUUUCAUUUCUCAGGCAGCAUCAUUGGGUGGCAUGUAUAUCAUAUUGAACAAGUUUAUUUGUAUGGAGGUUAUCAUUAAUCUAUAAACUAAUUUCUAAAUGAAACCAAUUGUUUUCUUUUUCAUUACCCAAACUGUGCUUAUAAUACAGCAUUUUCUUUCCGGUUACAGUUAUCCAUUUGAUUAGCAGUUGUCCUUCCUGACCCAGUGCAGAAAAGCAAAACAUACUCAUUGAAAGUAAAGGCCUGGCUGAGCCAAAAUAUUAACUGAUACCAUGUGAUUUACUUCCAUGGGUAAAGAAAAUUAAUUCACCUUCAAUUUUUGUUGUACAGAAGUCAUUACUCUAAACCAGAAUAUUGCACUAGUUGAACUUGUGUACAAAUGAGCAAUUUAUGUCAAUUGCUAACUUUAUUAGCUGGUAAGCUGUCCUUGUAUGUUAAGGAUUAUCCAUGUAACUAGAAAGCUGCUCUCAUUUCUUUUCAACAAGAAUAAUCAGUUGCUUCCUUAAUUCAUACUAUUUGAAUGCUUUGGCUUGAACCAGGUGCUAAAUCAAUUGAGAUGGAUUACUUACUUUGAAGCCUAUGUCAACACCAAAACAUAUUACGAUCAAACAAGCCAAAAUUGGUUUUGGAGUCAACUGCCUGAAUUUAAUGUCUUUGUUUGCAAGUUUUAAAUUUAGCCUUUUUUAGGACUUGCAAAUAAUCUUGAAGCUGGAGUCAGCUUUUAUAUUGGUUUGUUAAGUCGUUAUAAUGAUAGACCAUUUGUCAUUUCUUGUACAAUUCAA